AUGGCACAGCCUAGCAGUGGUCUUGAAGACUCGAGGAGUCAAGCUCCUUCGUCGGCAAGCAGUUCCCGGCUGCAGCGCGGAAUCCCUAGCUUCAAGCUUUCGGACGACGAGCUCGCGAGGUCUAAGAGGUUUCGUAAUAGAGUUCCUAGUGAUGGCAGCCGUGACGGAGCCGGUAGCAAUGAAGGGGGGGGGGCGACGCCCACGACCACCUUGGGGGGCACACCGGCUCCAGGCCCACGAAGCGUUUCUUCGUUUACUCUCGCCAGCGACGUCUUCCGCAUGUCGCACAACUCCAGCUGGGGAUCCGGCACGGGCGGCAACUUCUUCGGCUUCGGUCCUGCAAGCGUCGACGGUGAGGGCGAGGAUGCCGUUCAAAGGCUCGAUGAUGCCACGUUAAACGACCUGAAUUUCUUCACCAUGGAGGGCAUUGGACCCGGGAAUCUGCCAGAAACGGCGCCGAGAGAAACGUUGGGCCCCGGGCUAGACACGAAGCCAACCGACACACGCUCCUCUAGUGAUGGGGGAGGACCCGAUCGAUAUUCCAUCGAAGGUGACGGUUCUCACGGCGGUCCUCGCAGUGAUCUCGUUCAGCUGGCCGUUGCCAAGGAAGAAAUGGUGGUGCCAGCGAUCGUCGACGGGACAGGGAGUGCCAGCAACAUCCUACGCAGGGCGAGUAGCGCCCGCGACGUCCUGAGGUCUGGAAGCAUGGGCGGGAGAGACAGCAACCGUGAUUUCUUGGAAGGGAACGUGUUUGGCCUGGAAGAAGGGCUACCGACCUUCUCCGCCGCGAUGGAAGAAUACCUGAAUCGCCAGCUGGAAGCGGCCGAACACUCCUUAGACGAUCCGGCCGGUGACGAGCGUGCACUCGGAUGCAUGACCGAUGCCCGCGAUGGUGGUGCUAGCGUCGGCGGCAGCGGCGGCACCGGCGAAGAGGGACACUUGGGGGUUGCCGGGAGAGCCGGUGCUUCCCCGAUCCGAAACCCGACUCGCUCAGUGGUGGUCAAGUCGGAGUGUAGCCGCUCCCGUGGUGCUUCCGCCGGAGUCCUGCAAGGUACCACCUACUCUCAGCGCACGCAAGAGGAGGGGAGAGGUUUGGAGGCUAAGGCCACCGAGCGGCGUACGAGGUACAAGAGAGGAGCGCAACAGCAGAAGCAGAAGCGGUCGAAGCAAGAGACGAAGUCCGAGAGCGACGAGUACGCGUACAGCAGCCAGAGCGAGUAUGAGCCCCCUUCAUGUACGCUGAGAGAGGGUAAGGUGAAGAAGGGAAGGGGCAGGAGGCGCGGGGCCGCUGCCACCACCGCGACCCGUGCGGCAAAGGCUAGCAGCGGAAGCUCCGGGGUACGCACGGCCAGUGCGUCGAGCGCCUUCCUCCGCCGUGGCAGCUCUCUCAAGAGGCAGACAUCCGAGGACGUAGCGGCAAGGCUGCCCCUGGAAGUCUUGGAAUGCUUUUACCACGUUCCUCUCAACGUCGCAGCACAGCAGCUGAACGUGAGCCUUACCAUGCUCAAGAAGCUGUGCCGGGCGUACGGUGUCAAGCGCUGGCCACACCGCCAGGUGAGCAGCCUGGACAAGACGACGUCAAAGCUGGAGGACAAGAUCAAGGCACGCAGGGAUGGCGGGAAGGACGCGCCGUCGCUGGUGAGGAAGCUCACGCAGGCUAGAAAGCGGCGCAAGGUUAUCAUCAAGACCGCCAGCGCCGGCCUCGAUGUCAGCGUCCUCAAUUCCAUCUUCACCUGCCGUCCGGGCGACAUCGACGAGGACAUGCUCCUCUUGAGCACCGAUGUGGCCAAAGCGGUCGAGAAAAUACAGUUCAGGCAACACGCCGACCACAAGGGCUCUGGAGCUGAGUCAGAUUCGGCCGCUGGCGAUAACAGCGACAGCAACAGCGACGACGACGACGACGACGACGACGACGACGACGACGACGACGACGACGACGACGACAGCUACGGCCCACGUGCCAAGUCGCCGCUGCCGCCGCCGCCUGCCACAGCAAAGAAAACAUCCCGCAUUCGCGCAGUGUUCGCAGGGACCCCUGCGUUCUCCUCCAAGCCGCCGGCCGUCGCCAAGUCGGUGGCCUCACCUCCGCCGGCUUUCGAGCCCGGCGGCCGCUCGAAGAGCGCCGCCACGCCAAGACCGGGCGUUGAGCCGGGCAACAAGACGGCAGGCAACAAACCGACGUCGGGGAGCCUGGGGAGCGGCAGGAAGCUAUGCAUGAAAGCCGGGAGCCCUGCGGAGCCAGCGAAGAGAUUUAAGGGGGACGCGUCGAUGACGGCCAAGGGCCGGAAAGGGGUGACGGCAGCGGCGGCACGGUCCAUGUCAUCCGCCGGCCGCCGCGCGUCAUUCCCUCAAAAGAAGUGCACGGCGGCGACAGCAGCAGCAGCAGCGGAAGUGGCAGCGGCAGCUUCACCUGUCUCGCUGCUAUCCGAUGGCUCUUCUCUGAGCAGUCCUUCCGGUGGCAGCAGCGCUAACCCGACGGCGGCCUGCUCGCCGGCGGAUUCCACCUCCCCGGUCUUUUCGAUCGGCAGGCCGCCGCACAUCAGGGCACCGAUGAUAAGUUACUCCGGUGUGUUCGGGGUUGGCCUGCGCCACACAGCUUCUUCGAGGGCGUCGAGCAGAGGCGGUGACCCAAUGGCGUUCACGAAAGUGAGGAGCGUUGGGGGAUCUUCCGGACAGACACCCGUUUCUGCUCUGGUGACAGCUGGGGAAUGUGCCUCAUCACAAGUGCGCCAGGCUGCGCGGGCGCCAGCGUGGAUCGGCGGCGGUGGCAAGAGGGCAAAGGGGAGCUAUGGAGAAUGGCGUGGGGGCGCCUUGAGCUUGCGAUCGAGCCCUUCACAGCAACAUCUCUCGGACGCUGGCUCUGACUCCCCCACGACCACCGCCACCCUGGACAGCUUCGACCUGAAAUUGAGCCUGGAGUCUCCGCCUCGCGGGCCGCCCCAGGCGUCUCGGCCCCGACCGCCACCACCGCCGCAGCCGGCGCUUCCUCACCACGGCCACCACCCUUACCUGCUGCACCACCCGCUCCUGCACCACCACCACCACCCCAAUUUCCACCACCUCAACUGGGCCGCCGGUGGACGGUUCCCGGGUCCGCCGCCGCCUCCGCCGCAGCAGCAGCUCUAUGGGUGUCCCAUCGACAUUUGCUUCUCCCCGCCGCAGCAUGGGCCGGGUAGCCGCGGUUUCCACGCGUUCUCCAAGGUGGACGAUAGCCGCGAGGCCACCGGCACCGGCGCCCCUCGAAGCACCGGCGACGAUGCAUCGAGGCCGCCGGACGACAAGAAGAUCGGGGGCGUGUCAACGGGGUCGACGGCGGCGGCGGCGGCGGUGGCUGCUGCUGCUGCUGCUCCUGCCGCUGCUGCUGCUCCUGCCGCUGCUGCUGCUCCUGCCGCUGCUGCUCCUGCUCUUGCAAGCAGCACGUCGCAAGACACCGAACCUCGCCGCACGGGAUUCAUGAGCUACCUGCUGCACCAGGCGCCCCAGAGCCCGCCCCUGGACCCUAGCUCCUCUCCUCCUGCCCCUCCUGCUCCCCUUUCUCCACUUGCCACUCUUGCUGGCGGUGGUGGUGCUUCGAUCGCCGAGUCGUAG